GUCACAAAUAGAGGCUUGGGAAGUCGUCGAACGAUCCCAAACCUGCGCCUCGGGACCCCCCCAGUGGUGGAUCCCAGCGGUCCGACUGCACGUCUGUCAGACAGGCUCACUUAGCGGCGCUCUGAGUCCGUGUUUAGCAUCACCAACCGGGUGAGGCGGCCACUACUAGCAGAGUGGGCAGACCACGAAGGAGAGCUGUGCCUCAGGACAUAACCAGUGCGGAAAGGAAACUUCUAUACUCCUGCAGGAGUUUGAGAUUUCAGAGUUCUAGCCGGUCUGCACUGUGUGAGCACACCCAGUGGAGCAGAGUUUGUUUGGGAUUUUGGGGGUCCAAAACCAAGACACUUAAUUUUGACACAACUCCUUGGACUUUCAAAAUAGUCAAUUCCACCUCAAAAUCAACAUUUGAUUGCAGAAAAGUUGAAUGAAGACGUUUUUGCUGCAAGGGGUUGCAAGCUGCAGGAUUUGAAAAAGAAGCAGAGCUUUGGGAGUUUGAGCUGCUGCAAUGAAGAGUCUGAAAGCAAAGUUCAGGAAAAGUGAUACUCAUGAGUGGAAUAAAAAUGAUGAUCGUCUACUGCAGGCUGUGGAGAAUGGAGAUGCAGAAAAAGUGUCCUCCCUUUUGGUAAAAAAAGGAGUCAGUGCUACCAAGCAGGACAGUGAGGGGAAAUCUGCAUUUCAUUUGGCAGCUAUAAAAGGACAAGCAGAAUGCCUAGGGACAAUGCUUACUCAUGGAGUCGAUCUAACAUCAGUGGAUUCUGUUGGUCGCACUGCUUUGCACCUUGCAGCGAAGAACAGUCAUCCAGAAUGCAUUAAACGACUUUUUCAGUACAAGUGUCCAGUAGAAAACACUGACAGUGGAGGAAGAACUGCAUUACACUAUGCAGCUGAGUGUGGCUGCCUUUCUGUGGUUCAGUUGCUUUGUGAGCAGAAGAGUCCCAUCAACGUCAAAGAUUUGGAAGGAUACACACCUUUGUUAUGUGCAGCUCAGAAGAGUCAUGAUGAAGUAUGCAAGUAUCUAACAGAUCAUGGAGCCGACAUCAAUACAAGAGACAAAAAUGGAAAGACUUCCUUGAUGCUGGCUUGUGAAAAUGGCAGCCGUUCCACCUUGGAAAGUCUGAUGGGUAAAGGUGCUGACCUGAAACUUGUAGAUGCUCUGGGUCAUGAUGCUCUUCACUAUGCAAAACUCUCAGGAAAUGCCGAAAUUCAGAAUCUUUUGCAAGACGCAGUCACAAAAAGCUCACAGGAUACUGGUAUAAAAACACCGACAAAACUAAAGCAGCUUGAUGAGAUCUCUAAAUUAAGUUCUGGAAGUGGAACGCCAAAAAAACGCAAAGCUCCUCCUCCUCCUCCUUUCAGUCCCUCACAGAGUUGUCCAUGUAAUGAUACAUCAUCACCAAGAUCAAGGAGUUCAUCUCCUGUGCCAGGGAAAGAAAGCUCUGGAGACCACGUACAGGAAGAUGAAAAGAAAAACAGUGCACUCAUUGAAGAAAUCCAAAAGCUUCAAGAAGAAAAAGCAGCAUUGCAAGAGACGAUAAAUAAUUUCAAGCAUGUAAACAACAGUAGUGAAAUGCAGGUAGUAACACAAAAUGCCACAACUGAGGAAGACCGUAUAAACAAGAAUACAGUCACUAAUGAGAAAGGUACUCAGAGCCUCCCCAGUGAAAUAUCAUCAAGUCAAGAAAUGAAGAAUAUGAUCUCCUUGUUACAAGAAAAAAUUUCUGUCCUUACAUUGCAAAAUAUUGAACUUCAGGAAAAGUUACAGGACAAAACCUACAGAGCAGCAGAACUGGACAACAGUUUUGAUUCCAAUGGUUCUUUUUAUUCCACACAGACUGAAUUUGAUCAAUCUGCGGAUGUAGAUGUGGAGAAGCUAGCUGGAAACAAAAAACGAGAAUCACUAAAAUCCCCAUCGAUCAUUUCGGAUACAUUGUCUAAGAUGGAGUCUCAUGAAAGAUUGAUCAACCAUACUGAAGAUGAGAUACGGCAAUUGCAAGAAGUUUUAAAAAAUGUUCAGAUGAAACUGCAAGAUUCAGAAGUGGAGAAAAAGUUGUUGCAGGAUCAGCUGCAGUCUACAUAUUCAAAAACUAACCAGGUAAAACCUGAAAAUGUUUCAGAGAAUGGUUGUGACCUUAGUGAAGAACUCAGGGAGACUCGAACCAAGUACGAAGAAGCUUUGAAAGAAAUAUCCAGACUUCAGCAGCAGAUAAAGUCAGAACAUAUUCCACCUCCAAACCUGGAAGAUUUAGAGACAUUAUCUGUUAAAGAAGCAGAUAUACUAAAGCAGCAACUUGCAGAAUCAUUAAAAGAAACUGAAAGACAGAAACAGAUAGUGAAAGACCUAGAAGGCAGUCUUCAGGCUGUCCGUGAAAGUGUGGCUGAUAAAAUAGCAGUGGAAGAGUGCGAGGCCAUCAAAAAUUCUUUUAAUGCAAUAAUUGAGAAUAUCAAACAAGAGAAGAAUGUGUUACUUAAAAAUUAUGAAGACGGGCAGCAGGAAAUUAAAAAGUUGCAAGAGGCACUGGGUGCAAAGGAGAGAAAUGAAGAACAUGACAAGGUAACCGAAGUGACAGUGGCAAUGCAGAAGCACAUAGGAGACCUUCAAGCGCGAGUAGAUGAGUUGACCCAGUUACACAGUAAAUCUCAAGACGAGUUAGCUGAGCUGAGGAGCAAGCAGUCCAAUGAGCUAAGCUGCAGCUACAUUCAGAAGGAGGAGCAUGAGAGGAUGUUGGAGGCUAUGAGUGAGUCGUCUACUAGGAUGCAAGAGAAAGUCUUAGAGCUAGAAGUAAAAUAUGAGGAAGCAGUAAAGGAAGCAGCACAACUUAAGAAAGAUCUGGAAGCGCAGAAGGAAAACAGUAUUUUGAAAACCAAACAUAUCCAGGUAGUAACAGCUCUUAGGGAAACUGUUCAUGAAAUGGAGGAACAAAUCUAUGAGUUCAGAGAUCUGCUUACAAAAAAGGAUUCCGAAGUAAGAGAUCUGCAGAAGCUUUUGCUGGAUGAAAGAACUGCUGUUUCAGAGACUGUUGUAUCAAAAGCAUCAUAUGAACAGCUGAAAUCAACCAUGGAGACUGAGGUUAAACUCCUGGUAGCUAAGCUGGAAGAAGCAAAAGAUGAAGAAGGAAGGCUGACUGUAGAAGUAGCUCAAAGAAAAACAGAAGUACAGCAGCUCAGAAAUGAAAAGCAGACUGCUCAGAGUCUGUUGGAUUCAAAAGAACAAGAAAUAAAUGAACUUCACAAAACAUACCAUCAAACACAUGAAGCCCUCAUGGAACUGAAAAAAAUUUCAGAAAGUUCUGCAAAACUGGAAGAAGAUAAAGACAAAAAGGAAACAAAGAAACAGCACCAGGAUAUUAUAUCAGUCUACAGAAUGCACCUUCUUUAUGCUGUUCAGGGACAAAUGGAUGAAGAUGUUCAAAAAGUCCUUAAACAGAUAUUAACAAUGUGCAAAGGCCAGACACACAUAAAGUCAUGACAUUCUGGAAGCCUCUAACACAGCACUGCCUUAGUUUUGGAACAAAACACUUUGCCUUUGAAUAAAGAAGCCGCUACAAUUGGCAAAAACAUGCAUUUUUGUAAAGGAAAUAUUUUGGUCUUAUCACCUUCACACUUCGAUUGUUAAAUAGCAGAAGUUGGUUAUCUCACUCCAGACGUGUGUAGUUUAUUUAUUGUAAAAAAACAAAGUAAGCGAUAUAUAUUGCUUUCAUCCAUGCUGUACUGACCCCUUGUUUAAUGUUGUUUUCUGAAUAUAGUAGAGUAGAAGUUAAUGCUAGAUAGCAGAAGAACUGGUACUGUAAAUAAUUAAGCACACCAGGUUUUUAACAUUUCUUGCAACACUGAAGGGAAAUUUUUAACUGUGUUAAUGUGUAUUUUUUUACUGUCCAGUAUUGUGUCCUUGAAUAGCAUUUAUAAAUUCGAACAGUUUUGUGCACUUAUUUGUUUCCUGAACUAGAUUUUCACCAACUGCCUUUUCAAACUAAGCAAUUUGUGCCAUUGAACAAUCACUGUUCAGUAAUUUCAGUCAAGACACGCUAUCUACAUUACAAAAUCAUACCAUGACUUGUACAUUACAGACUGGAUUAUCUCUUGUGUCAAAAGCUGCCUCAUUUGGACUGAAGGGAAGAUAUUAUCUGCAAAGGGCAACAUUCAAAACAGUCAUACUUCUAAGUGAACAUGCAGUUUUUAGGAGCAGUAUAUUUCAAGGAAUGCUUUAACAGGUGUGGUAUAAUUUGAUGAUACUGCAUGUAGUGGCAGUCAUAUUCAGUCUGCACAGUAAAGUCAGCUUUUUUAAAUAUGGUGAUGGCAGUUUUGUGAUUUGCAGGGAGCAAGCAUCUGACUUUAGCUAGUAGUUUUGUGUUUUAGGUGGCUUAUGUAAACAGUGGAUCCUUUAUAUUUCAGAAGUACCCAACUGAAGCCAUGAUUCUGGACAGAGAUAUUCUCAUGGGAACCAACCUUGGCUCAAGCUCAGUUUUUCAAAAUGUUUUUACUGUUUUUAUAAUAAAAGCUUCUUUUAAUGAAGCUCUGGAACAUCUAAUUUAAACUUUUCAUAAAUAUAUCAUUAAUUUCAUGAAAAAAUGCUGUUCAUAUUUCUUGUUUGAAAGAAAAAUGUCAGGCCAAUAGAAUUUUGUAUGGACCUUGUUUUUGAAAGUUCCUUUAAUAUCAGCACAGGCUUAAAGGAAGACAAGUUGGCGGCUCAUUCUGCCAGCAUGCAAAGUCUGCAUCAGACUUUGUAAGCUGUCUCGUUAGAUAAACAGUGAAACAGUAUUAAUGUGAACAAGGUUUCUGUUUAAUAAAAGACAUGGAAAGAGAAAAAUAGCUCAGCUUACUCCCUAAAGCAGUGUACUGGGCCUUAGUGAGUACUUUGCUGCUGAACUCUUGAAGCUGUUUGCAUCUUAAAAAAUGCAUAGUUUAUAAAAAAAUAAACUUAACACAGAAUGUAUGAUGUAACUGUCUUUCCUAAUUCUGGUGUCUUUUGUUAACCCUAAGGCAUAAUUUCUGGAGUGAAUUACUUCAUGCUGCCAUCUGAAGUGUGGUAAUGCCUUUUGAAAACAUAACAUAAUUGCAGAAAAAUGUAGUGCGUUUCGAAGAUCUCAGUUGAGGGGCUAGGCUACAGAAUUAGAAAAAGGGCGAUUUGUUAACUUGCACUCUUCAUUCAGUAGAGACUGAGACUGGACAGGUGACUGAUCUGAAACUGAAUUUAUUGCAUCACUUGUAGCUAAAUUUACCUUUUUGCUAUGUUUGUAAUGCAUAUUUAUUAUUUUGUUAAAAUACAGUAUGUGAUAUACCUUUUAACUCUGUAUAUCUCUUACUCUUAAUAUGUUGCUACAAACAGAAUAAAAUGUUUUGCUAUAAAG